AUGGGGACUGUUGUAAAAACUGGAGGGUGUCAGAAAGAUCUGGUCUUGGCAAUAACGUCAAAGAAGAAUCAUCUGCAUGCAAAGUGUCUGAUUUGUUGUAUUUGGCAGGGAAUGUUGCUUCCUUCAGUACAUGUUACCAUGGCGAUGACUGCAGGGACUACAACAUCCUUUCCCAUGAGUAAUCACACCCGGGAGAGAGUGACGGUGGCCAAACUUACACUGGAGAACUUCUACAGCAACCUAAUUAUACAGCACGAAGAGAGAGAAACCAGGCAGAAGAAGCUAGAAGUGGCUAUGGAAGAGGAAGGCCUCGCAGACGAGGAGAAAAAACUGCGCAGGUCACAACACGCUCGCAAAGAAACAGAGUUUCUGCGACUGAAGAGGACUAGACUUGGCCUGGAUGACUUUGAAUCUUUGAAAGUUAUAGGAAGAGGAGCAUUUGGGGAGGUACGCCUUGUUCAGAAGAAGGAUACAGGUCAUAUUUAUGCAAUGAAGAUACUAAGAAAAGCAGAUAUGCUGGAGAAAGAGCAGGUGGCCCAUAUCCGAGCAGAAAGAGAUAUUUUGGUUGAAGCUGAUGGAGCCUGGGUAGUGAAAAUGUUUUACAGCUUUCAGGAUAAAAGAAAUCUUUACCUGAUCAUGGAGUUCUUACCUGGAGGUGACAUGAUGACCUUACUAAUGAAGAAAGACACCUUAUCAGAAGAAGAGACACAGUUUUACAUUUCUGAAACUGUGCUGGCCAUAGAUGCUAUUCACCAGCUGGGAUUCAUCCACAGAGAUAUUAAACCAGAUAACCUUCUGCUGGAUGCUAAGGGUCAUGUAAAACUGUCUGAUUUUGGGCUAUGUACAGGGUUAAAGAAAGCUCACAGGACUGAGUUCUACAGGAACCUUACACACAACCCGCCAAGUGACUUCUCAUUUCAGAAUAUGAACUCAAAGAGAAAAGCAGAAACAUGGAAGAAGAACAGGCGGCAGCUGGCAUAUUCUACUGUUGGAACCCCAGACUAUAUUGCACCAGAAGUAUUUAUGCAGACUGGGUACAACAAGCUGUGUGACUGGUGGUCUUUGGGAGUGAUUAUGUAUGAAAUGCUAAUAGGGUAUCCACCUUUCUGCUCAGAAACGCCACAAGAAACUUAUAGGAAAGUUAUGAACUGGAAAGAAACGUUGGUAUUUCCUCCAGAGGUGCCCAUUUCAGAGAAAGCAAAGGAUUUAAUUCUAAGGUUUUGUAUCGACUCAGAAAAUAGAAUUGGUAGUAAUGGAGUAGAGGAAAUAAAAAGUCAUCCGUUUUUUGAAGGAGUCGACUGGGGACAUAUCAGAGAAAGACCAGCAGCAAUCCCUAUAGAAAUCAAAAGUAUUGAUGAUACUUCCAACUUCGAUGAAUUUCCUGAAUCUGAUAUUUUACAGCCAGUGCCAAACACAACGGAACCUGACUACAAAUCCAAAGACUGGGUUUUCCUCAAUUAUACCUACAAGAGGUUUGAAGGGCUUACGCAGCGUGGCUCAAUCCCCUCCUACAUGAAAGCCGGGAAGUUGUGA